GUCUCUGGUCCCAUGGCAGUAUCAGGAAUUAAAUCAACACUGAAGCUGAAACCCCUAAAAGCACCCAUCUUUCACAAGAGAGAUAAAGACUUCCGAGGAUCUCUUCCAGGCCAUUUACAACACAAAGAAGGGAAGCUAACCCCUUCACAACUGGAAGCCUUCCGGAAUGCUUACAACUUCUUCACCAAGGAUAAAACUGGCUGUAUUGAUUCACAUGGGUUGAUGGCCACCUUGGCUAAACUGGGGAUGAGUCUAAACACGUAUGACAUCUAUAAUGAAUUAAAAUGUGCUGAUCUUGACAGGGACGGUAAGAUCAACUUCUCUGACUUCAUAGAGGUUCUGACAGAUAAGAAACUCUUCCUCAAGGCUGUGGUUCCAGAAAGGAAACUGUGUUUGGAUUUAGCUAACAACCCAGGGAUCUUAUUAUUCGAAAUCCUAUCAAAACUUGUAGAGACUUCAGCCCUGCACAGAAAGGAUAUAAUAGAGCUGGUAAGCUAUUUCCGAAAAAAAUUCCAGGAGAGCUACUCAGAAACUCUGUACAGCCCGUAUGGGAAAAGGGGCUUUAAAGCAGACAUAUGCACUCCUCCGCGAUCAAGCACCGCCGCCUUUGCCAAUUCCGCCAGGAUCUCAAUAAUGAAAGAAAGGGAUUUAUAUAAAUUUCUCAAUGCACUCAAGCGGUGUGAUCUCCCUACAGGUAGCCCGUACUCAAAAAUACCUGUCUUUCCAUUGUUCCCUGAUGUGGACGGGGUGGUGAUGGGAAAACCAUUCAAAGACAUACAGAAGUUAGAGAUGCUAAGGAGAAAGGAGCCUCUGAGUUUCUUUGAGGACUAUUUUUUCCAUAAAAGAGAUUGGAAAGCACAGGCCGCAGCUGUAAAACCUAUCAAGUCUGCCUCAGGCUAUUCAGAUGACAUCUUAGCCAUUGAUCACCUAUUCAAGAAGAAGCAGCAUUGGACAGUAUCUGAUGCAGCGGCUAUCAAACAGCAUGUAAAGAGAGCCACAGAUACCUAUAAUUUAGGAAUUGCCCUUGAACACCGAAAAGAAAUGCUGAGUCUCUGGAAAAAGAUCCGAGGGGAUUUGAUUGGGAUCGAAACCAACAAUGAGUCCUUUUACAACACCUUCUCUACAUACACGUGGUCCUGGAAUGUCUGCCAAGAGCUGCUUUCCCCUAAGGACUUGCGGUUGCAUGAUGCCUACAUGAACAGAAAUUCCUCUGGCAAUUCUGGGUUUUCCUCCCCAUCAGAUUUCAGUGAGUGUGACCUGGACACAGGAAGAAAGAGGAGACGGAAAGGGUUCAGAGGGUUUCGGCAAUGAAAAGUCUACAUUUUCUAAACAACUCUUCCAGAACUGCUUUCCAUAGUUAUCAAAAUUAUGGCUUCUUGCUUUUAUCUACUACCUUCUUAGCAGGUGGAAAUUUUGACAUCUUUUGGACCCCAACCAGUAAAAACCUUUAAAUCAUAGGUUGAUUUCUCUUUCCCAAAUCUUUGCUAGUUAAAAGUGGU